UACUAUAGAUUUAAUGAUGUGAUGUACAGAUGGAUCUCACUGGAUAACUGGACUUACAGCAGGACAUUCAAAACUCCUUUUGAUGUCAGAAAGUGGCAGAAAAUGAAUUUGGUUUUCGAGGGAGUAGAUACAGUAGCACAGAUCCUGAUCAACAAUAUCACUCUUGGGAGAACAGACAACAUGUUCAACAGAUAUAGCUUUGAUAUUACCAGCAUGAUCAAGGAGGUCAAUUUUGUUGAAGUCCGUUUCUUGUCAGCCGUUUCAUAUGCAGCAGAGCAGAGCAGAUGUCACAAAGCAUACAGCAUCCCCCCGGCGUGCCCUCCACCUGUGCAGAAAGGAGAGUGCCAUGCUAAUUUCAUCAGAAAGGAGCAAUGUUCCUUUAGUUGGGACUGGGGCCCAUCUUUUCCCACUCAAGGAAUUUGGAAAGAUGUUAGGAUUGAGGCCUAUAACCAUUAUCAACUGAUUUACUUUUCUUUGACUUCUUUCUUUGUAAAGAGCUCUCAGCAGUGGAGUCUUGAAAUUGAGUCCAUUUUUGAUGUAAUCGGCUCCAAGCCAAUUGCAGGUCUUGUGACUGUGAACAUUCCCAAACUGCAAACAGAGCAAACAUUCAGUGUGAAGCUUCAACCUGGAGAAGGCAGCAUUGUGCUGCUUGUAAACAUCAACAAGAGUUCUACAGUGGAGGCUUGGUGGCCAAAUGGACAUGGAAAGCAAACUGGAUACAACAUGACAACAACUUUCAUCAUGGAGACAGGAUACCAGAUUGAGAAAGUUUCAAAGGCCUAUUUUCGGACAGUAGAACUUGUUCAGGAGCCUAUUCCUGGCUCACCAGGUCUGAGUUUCUACUUCAGAAUCAAUGACCGACCCAUUUUCAUUAAGGGCUCAAACUGGAUUCCAGCAGAUUCUUUCCAGGACAGAGUGACCUAUGACACAUUAUGGCUACUCUUGAAGUCUGCAGCAGAUGCUAACAUGAAUGCACUCCGGGUUUGGGGAGGAGGAGUAUAUGAACAAGAUGAAUUUUACGAUAUUUGCGAUGAAAUAGGAAUAAUGAUUUGGCAGGAUUUUAUGUUUGCAUGUGCGCUAUAUCCAACUGACCAGAAUUAUUUAGAAUCCGUAAGAGCAGAAAUUUCUCAUCAGGUAAGGCGUUUAAAAUCCCAUCCAUCAAUUAUUCUGUGGAGUGGUAACAAUGAAAAUGAAGCAGCAAUUGCAAGCAACUGGUUCUCCAUACCUUAUGCUGACAGAGAAGUCUAUAUUAAAGAUUAUGUUAUGCUUUAUGUGAAGAACAUCCGAGAAAUAGUUCUUACUGAAGAUAAAAGUCGUCCUUUUAUUGCAUCCAGUCCCACCAAUGGCUUGGAGUCAGUUAAAGAAGGUUGGCUCUCCCAGAAUCCUUAUGAUACCCAUUAUGGUGACACUCACUUUUAUGACUAUAGCAGUGACUGCUGGAACUGGACAGUGUAUCCUAAAACUCGUUUUGCUUCAGAAUAUGGAUUUCAAUCCUGGCCUUCCUUCAGUACAAUUGAAAAGGUUUCCUCCGCUGAGGAUUGGUCCUACACAAGCAAUUUUUCUCUCCAUCGACAACAUCAUGAAAACGGGAGCGAUCAGAUGCUUCAACAGAUCAGGCAUCAUUUCAAGCUUCCCCAGAGCACAGAUAACAUAAAGAAAUUCAAAGAUAUGAUUUACCUCACUCAGGUGAUGCAAGCUCAGUGUGUAAAGACAGAAACCGAAUUCUAUCGUUUUAGUCAAAGUGAAAUAAUCAAGGGAGAAGGACACACAAUGGGAGCUCUGUACUGGCAACUCAAUGACAUUUGGCAGGCACCUUCAUGGGCUUCCUUGGAGUAUGGUGGUAAGUGGAAACUGCUCCAUUAUUUUGCCCAAAACUUCUUUGCACCACUGCUGCCUGUGGCCUAUGAAGACGAAGGUGUGUUGUACAUUUACGGUGUCUCAGAUCUUCAUGUGGACCUCGAGCUGACUUUGAGGGUCGUUGGCCACUCCUGGAGUUCUUUGGAGUCAGUGUGCACCCUUGCCAAAGAUGGUGUGACCGUUAAAGCACAAAGUGCUGUCCUCAUCUACAAGGAGUCCAUAAAUGGCUUUCUGGAAAGAUGCAGAAAUUGUACCAGAAAAAGCUGCGUUAUUACUUUCUGUCUUGUGGGAGAAGGUGGGCUCCAGAGUCCUACAAACCAUCACUUCCUUUCGUCAUUAAAGGAUGCUGUAGGAUUAGAAAAGACCCAGCUUAGUGCCUCUGUAUCCCAACAAGAUGACAUUUAUAUUGUUGUUCUUCAGACCACUGCAGUUGCUCCUUUUGUUUCGCUGGAUGUAGGGAGUAUAAAAGGCAGAUUUAGUGAUAAUGGCUUCCUCAUGACUGAAAAGAAGAAGGUGGUGGUGUUUUAUCCUUGGGAACCUACCAGUGUUGAAGAACUAGAAAAGUCACUAACUUUGACCUCUCUGGUGGACAUUGUCUGA